UUGCCAGCUUGGGCUGCUGCUAUAAGUAUAGCAGCAAAUUCACCAGGCUCAACACCAUUCAUUGCCUCAUUAGAAGCCUUCCAGUGUUCAUUGUCACGAGGUUGCUGUCGGAUUGGUGUGAUUUCAUUUAGCAACUGCCUCUGCUUUUGACUGUAGAAGAUGACUGCUAUUGUUGAAGGUCCCACUCCUAAGUAUGAAUGCUUGUUAUUUGAUUUGGAUGAUACACUGUAUCCUCUUAGUGCUGGCAUCAACCUUGCUUGCCGUCAAAAUAUACAAGAUUAUAUGCGUGACCAUCUGCAAAUUGAAGAAAGCCAAAUUGCAGAGAUGUGCCUGGUACUUUACAGGGAAUAUGGCACCACAAUGGCUGGUCUUAAGGCAUUAGGUUACGAGUUUGACAACGACGAAUUUCAUGCAAAUGUUCAUGGUAGACUGCCAUAUGACAAUCUGAGGCCUGACUCUGUUUUGAGGACCCUUCUACUUUCCAUUCCACUGAGAAAAAUAAUAUUUACAAACUCGGAUAAGGUUCACGCGGAGGAGGUUCUGCUCAGGCUGGGUUUGCAAGACUGCUUUGAGGGUGUGAUAUGCUUUGAGACACUUAAUCCACCGGCCAUGCCGAGCAAUGGCCUAUGCAAGUCUCAGGAGGAUCCUAUGGCGCUCUCUGGUGAACCAUCUUCCGACUUGGACGAUCUCUACGGAUCGGAUGGCACACCGAAAUCACCCAUCCUGUGCAAACCCACCAUUGAAUCCAUGGAAGCCGCAAUUCAGAUCGCAAAUGUUGAUCCUAAGAAGACAAUCUUCUUUGAUGACAGCACCCGGAACAUCGCUACAGGAAAGGCCGCGGGCUUCCACACCGUCAUUGUUGGCAGGUCAACACUUGUUUCAGGGGCUGAUCAUGCACUGGAGAGCAUCCACAACAUUAAGGAGGCGUUGCCCGAGAUAUGGGAAGUCCACGAUCGGGCAGAAUCCGAUGUUGUUCCUGCUUCUGUCGCGGUCGAGACAGCGGUUGUUGCUUGAUGUCUUGUUCCGAAAGGACCGUCUACCAUCAGAGAACGAAGUGUUUGGGCAAAAUAAGCAUCAGCAGGUGCAUAUUUGUAUCAGCAGGUACCAAGCAUGAACCUAUUUAACAAAUGUCCAAAGUAGAAUAAGUCUCGAGAAUAAACAUCAGUUCUAUAUUAUUCCCUCCGUCCCAUAUUAUUUCCUCAUUAUUUUGCCAAACAUUAGUUACAAGUAAACGUAGUCGAGAAUAAGCAUCAGCAGGUGCAUAUUUGUAUCUACAGGUACCAAGCAUGGACUUAUUUAACAGAUAGUGGCAGUGUAUUCUCGUGCCACUGAAACCUUCAUACGAUGAUACUCCUCACAAA